GGAGUCUCGCUCUGUUGCCCAGGCUGGAGUGCAGUGGCGCGAUCUCGGCUCGCUGCAACCUCCACCUCCCGGGUUCAAGUAAUUCUGCCUCAGCCUCCCUAGUAGCUGGGAUUACAGGUGCCCAUCACCAAUGCACGGCUAAUUUUUGUAUUUUUAGUAGAGACGGGGUUUCCCCACAUUGGCCAGGCUGGUCUCGAACUCCUGACCUCAGGUGAUCCGCCCGCCUUGGCCUCCCAAGUGUUUGGAUUACAGGCAUGAGCCACCGCGCCCGGCCCCAAAACUUUUUAAAAUCCCUUCUCUCAGAGCUGACAACAUUGCCACAGCCCAUGUGCUUCCUCCCUAAUCUGGCUGACCAUAACAGCAUCCUGUCUUCAUUUUUCCAUCCUCCUCGCUCCAGUAUAUCUUCUGUACUACCUCAGGAUUAUCUGUGGAAGACCUGUCUCAUGCCUCCUCUACCUAAAAUUUUACAGUCGUUUCUCCAUUACCGCAGAAUAAAACUUUUUUUUUUUUUUUUUGAGACGGAGUGUUGUUCUGUCGCCCAGGCUGGAGUGCAGUGGCGCGAUCUCGGCUCACUGCAACCGCCGCCUCCUGGAUUCACGCGAUUCUCCUGCCUCAGCCUCCCGAAUAGCUGGGGUUACAGGCGCACACCACCACCCCCGGCUAAUUUUUUGUGUAUUUUUAGUAGACGGGCUUUCACUAUGUUGGCCAGACUGGUCUCGAACUCCUGACCUCGUGAUCCGCCCGCCUUGGCCUCCCAAAGUGCUGAGAUUACAGGUGUGAGCCACUGCGCCGGGCCAAAACUCUUAAAGUUUGUAAGCCUGCCACUCCGGGACAUUCUUGGUCCUAUUCCAGCUCCUCCUUCAUUCUCAUUUUGGCUCCUGUCACAUGAACUAUUGGCCAUUCUCUUUUUUGCUUCUGGGAUUGUAAUCUGUUAAAAUCCUUUCACUCCUCUCAGUCUGGUUCUCCAUGGGCAAGACAGUGGUGAUUCUUCCAGUGCUUAUCUUCCAGGAUGUUUUAGGGUCCAGUCUCUGCAGCACUUCUUCCCCUUGCUAAAUGCUUUCCUAAUGUUUCCAGCAUUCAAUAGAAAUUCCUUUGGAUCCAGUCCUUUUAAAAAUUUAUUUUGAAAUAAUUUUACAUUUACAGAGCUGUUGCAAAAAUGGUUAAGAGUUCCUGCACAGUCUUCACCCAGCUUUCUCCAAUGUUAUGAUCCCACAUAACCAUGCUAGAAUUACCAAAACUAAUAAAUUAACACUGGUAAAAAUAACACUAAACUACAGCCCUUACUCAGAUUUCACCAAUUUUCCCACCCAUGUUAUUUUUCUUUCUCCUUACUUCUCUAAUCUGUGACAGUUCCGCAUUCAUUCCUUGCUUUCAUGACUUUGAGAUUUUGGGGGGGGCGGGGUACAGGUAUCUUGUAGAACAUCCCUCACACUGGAUUUAGUGAAGUUUUCUCAUGGUUUAAGGCUGGGAGUUUUUGUGGAAAAUGACUCAGAGGUGAUGUGCCCUUAACGCAUUUUUAUCGGGGCACACGGCAUCAAUAUCUCCCCUUGCCAGUAAUACUAACUUUGAUCUGGUUACGGUGGUGUCUGCUAGGUUUCUUCGCAGUAAAGUCAAUCCUCUUAACAUGCAGACACUCGUGGAAGGAGAACCAAAUCCUUCCUCACUGAAGAGCAGCUACUGUGGAAUGAAACUUUGGAGUUAGGUCAUCGUUGAAUCCAGCAAGCUACAGUGCCUGGGAGAAACAGCAUUUAUAAAGUAUCGAGGUUACCGAUACUUCCCUGAAGCUACCGGAGAUAACGUUAUGUGCGUGUUCAGCACAGUAAUGUGGCACAGGGUUCACUAAACGGCAGCAUGUUUUAACAGAAGUUAUUUACUCCUAGAGGACCCAGAAACGUUUGCGGCCUGCGGGAACAGGACAACAUAGGGCUCUGGGAAGAGUCCCCCUUUCAGAGGUGAGAACAAGACAGAACACACAGAUGUGAAGUGCCUUCUGCUAGGUAACGCGAGGCGGAGCUGAGCUCGGAUUCUAAAGACUCCCAGGCCAGUCCUAACCAAUUCAUCUCCGAGCUUGCACGGCAUCUUACCCGGAGACUCCAGAGGUACCUGACUCCAGCCCCACCCCAGGCCUGCCCGAUCCCGAAGCGCAUUUUGGCCCUGGGCCUCUCUCUGCCUCAGUCUGGGCGCAAAGCGGGUGUCAGCAACCGUCCCACUUGCCUUCAUACCCUCCCACCACGCUCCACCCAGGGACUCCAGAACCAGCUUCGACCUCCAUUGAGAGCUGAAAGCCUCUUCCGAUACCGAGAACCAGCAUGGUUUUUGUUUUGUUUUGUUUUAGUCAGGGUCUCUUGCUCUGUCGCCCAGGCUGGAGUGCAGUGGCGCAAUCUCGGCUCACUGCAGCCUCGAACUCCUGGUCAGGCGAUCCUCCUACCUCAGCCUCUGGAGUAGCUGGAACUACACGAGCGCGCCACCACGCCCGGCUAAUUUUGUUUAUUUUUUAGUAAAGAAGGGGUCUCUCCAUGUUGCCCAGGCUGGUCUCGAACUCUUGGGCUCAAGCAAUCCUUCCGACUCGGCCUCCCAAAAUGCUGGAAUUACAGGCGUAAGCCACAGCGUCCAGCCAGAACCAGCAUCUUUUCUGCACGGCUGGAGUUGGGAAUUUUCCACAGCUUAGCGCACUGCUCCUUAGCUUUUCGCUUUGCCACAGUGGAAAGCAGAUUUUCCAAGAAUCCUGGCGGAGCCAAGAUCGGCUCGCCCGCCCCCGCCUCACGCUGGCUCCUGAUAGGCAGCUAGAGCUGUCCGUUUUGACAGAAACCUUUGCGCAGGCGCAGAAAGGCACAGGACUGGGCUAAGUGUUCGCUACGCGGGGCUACCGGAUCGGUCGGAAAUGGCAGAGGUGGAGGAGACACUGAAGCGACUGCAGAGCCAGAAGGGAGUGCAGGGAAUCAUCGUCGUGAACACAGAAGGCAUUCCCAUCAAGAGCACCAUGGACAACCCCACCACCACGCAGUAUGCCAGCCUCAUGCACAGCUUCAUCCUGAAGGCACGGAGCACUGUGCGUGACAUCGACCCCCAGAACGAUCUCACCUUCCUUCGAAUUCGCUCCAAGAAAAAUGAAAUUAUGGUUGCACCAGAUAAAGACUAUUUCCUGAUUGUGAUUCAGAAUCCAACCGAAUAAGCCACUCUCUUGGCUCCCUGUGUCAUUCCUUAAUUUAAUGCCCCCCAAGAAUGUUAAUGUCAAUCAUGUCAGUGGACUAGCACAUGGCAGUCGCUUGGAACCCACUCAGACCAAUCCAGUGACCGUGUGUGGGCUGGCGGCUCUUCCUCCCCCACCAACGGAACCCCUGUGUGCACCAACCUUCCCCAGAGCUCCGGAGGGCCCUCUCUCCUCACUUCCAGGUUUUGGAGCAAGAGCUUGCAAGAAGCCCGCACCCAGCUUCCUUCUGACCUUCAGUUGACUUUGUCGCCCUUGGAGAAAGCUGUUUUUCUUUAACUAAAAAUAACCAAAAUGCUUA